AAUAAUAUUGUUAACCACUGGCAGGGUGUGGUUCGGAUACAGGUGCAAGCUUCUUCAAAGCUCCAAUUCGGUACACGAACUGCUCAAGAGUGUCGGUCAGCAGGCGAGCAGCAAGAGGAAUGAUGUCGUGAAUCGUAUUUUCUUGCUUAUUUGCGUAUCAAGAGGAAGGAAACGCAGAAACCGGUCUGGUAUGGCUCGUUCAGAUUCGCAGCGCACGGUCGGACCCUUGGGCAUCCGGGAAUGGCCGUACACGACGGCCUCGGAGGUGGGCCUGAUCGAUACGCAUUGUCACCUGGACUUCGUCUUCACCAAAAUGGGCCACACGAAGUCGUUCACGCACUUCCGUCUCGCUCGCCGUGACACGUUCCCCUACUGUUACGAAGGGUGCGUAGCAAACUUUUGCGAGCCAGAAACGUUCGAGCAGCGCGACAACUGGAAGCGCUUGCUUUCGGACGAAAGUGUGUGGGGCGCCUUCGGGUGCCACCCUCGCAGGGCGCGCGAUUACACCGACGAGGUGGAGAAGCACCUCGUACGUGCCCUCGACCACCGCAGCGUGGUAGCCCUCGGCGAGAUCGGGCUCGACUACUCCAUCUUGUCCGGAGACGACCGGGAGAUGCUGAAGGAGACGCAGCAGACAGUGUUUCGCCGGCAGCUCGCGGUGGCCAGGCGUCGACGCCUUCCCCUGGUGAUUCACUCCCGGGACGCGACUUCGGACACGAUCCGUAUCCUCAAGGAGAUGGUCCCAGCCGACUACCCGAUGCACCGGCACUGCUUUACGCGCGACUGGGAGGAGGCGAAGUGCUGGCUAGACACCUUUCCGCGGCUGUGCCUGGGCAUCACGCCGUUGCUCGGUUUCUCGGGCGUCGAACCGCUGGUCGAGGCCGCGCAACGGAUUCCGCUGGACCGUCUCCUACUCGAGACGGACGCGCCGUUCUUCCUGCCCAAGCGGGAAGGGCAGAGGCUCACCUGCUCGCACCCGGGAAUGGUGAUUCACGUCGCGACUAAGCUGUCGGCCAUCCGCGACAUCUCUGUCGACGACGUGAUCAGCGCGGUACGGGAGAACACGCGGCGCAUCUACGGCAUCUGACGUGCAAAACUGUGACUGCGACUUUGGCCCGUCGUCUCGUCGUUCCCCGCUCUGCAGGACUACCGCUACAGACCUUACCAGGUGUUGUUCGGUGCCUGUGUGUGUUGUGGCAGUGCCAUGAUGCGUUUGGCGCCUGGUAGAGCCGAGAAUGACAGCGGUGCAACGGGAAAGGUGCGGCAUAGCGUAGAGACGGUCACCGAGUGGCGUCAAGAACUGAAGUAACCUAAAACACGGUGUGUGGUUCUUUAAGUGCUCAGCAGCUUUGGCCACUACAGGCCACUUCACUACGGUCGUUCUCCGCAAAGACACUCGCGGUCGUGACCGAUUUUCCUGACACAGUUUGUAUCACACUGAAGAUAGUUUAUUCUCAGGACGUGGGUCAUUAAACCGAAACGAGUUUUGUUUUAUUGGCACUUUGUUGUCAGGUCAUUUGAUUGCAAUAGCUCGAAACGGUCGAAGCUGAGUUGCUGACAACCAUGUAGCCGACAUGAGCAUUCGGUGC